CACAUAGGACCAUUGAAUUGAAAAGUCUUUGUUGACUCAGCAACCCAUCAUAUAUAAACCAACCAAGUGCAACAAGGUUCAGAUAUGUCCUAAAAAACAGAAAAUGGAAGCAACUUUGUUGUAUACUUCUCUCUCUAUCUUCUUUCUACUUGUAGCUCUUGUUUCCUCAAGACGAAGACAACUUAUUAAUCUCCCACCAACCCCAGCACUUAAACUUCCUAUUAUAGGCCAUCUCUAUCUCUUAAAACCACCUCUGUAUCGCACUCUUGCAAAGCUCACAACUAAAUAUGGUCCCAUUUUCUCUCUUCAAUUUGGUACCCGUCUUGUUUUGGUAGUGUCCUCCUCAUCUGCUGCUGAAGAAUGCUUCACCAAGAACGAUAUUGUUUUGGCCAAUCGCCCUCGUUUAAUGAUCGGCAAAUACAUAGGCUAUAAUUAUACUACACUCUCUGGUUCCCCUUAUGGUGAUCACUGGCGCAACCUUCGCCGCCUCUGCGCACUUGAAAUUUUCUCCACUAACCGUCUCAACAAUUUUCAGCCAAUUAGACAACAUGAAGUCAAGCUUCUUGUUCAUAGAGUAUUUCAAAACUCGGGUGGGAGUUUUGGGACCCCUGUUGAACUUAAGUCCAAGUUAUUUCAGAUGUCGUACAAUAUUAUCAUGAGAAUGGUAGCUGGAAAGAGAUAUUAUGGUGAAGAGGUAGAUAACGAGGAGGCAAACCAUUUUCGGGAGCUUGUAGAAGAGGUUAUUUCAUAUGGGGGUGCAUCAAAUCCCACGGAUUUCAUGCCUGCAAUAUUUCGUUGCUUUUUCAGGAGUAUGGAGAAGAAUUUGGCCAGGCUUGGUAGCAAAAUGGACGCGCUCUUGCAAGGCUUGAUUGAUGAACACCGUCGUGAUAAAAGCAGAAAUUCCAUGAUUGAUCAUUUGCUUUCUCUGCAAGAAUCAGAACCAGAAUAUUACUCUGAUCAAAUCAUCAAAGGAAUAAUAUUGGUCAUGCUGAAUGCGGGGACUGAAACAUCAUCUGUAACAAUAGAAUGGGCAAUGUCUCUUUUACUCAAUCAUCCAGAGGUGUUGGAAAAGGCCAAAGCUGAAAUAGACGACCAUGUGGGUAAAGAUCGUUUAGUGGAUGAAGCAGAUUUACCCAAGCUGAAAUACCUUCAAAGUAUUAUUUCAGAGACACUUCGAUUGUACCCUGCAGGACCAAUGCUAGUGCCUCAUGAAUCAUCUGAUGAUUGCACUAUCGCUGGGUUGCACAUUCCACGUGGCACGAUGCUAUUGGUGAAUGCUUGGGCCAUCCACAGGGACCCAUUACUUUGGGAGGAUCCAGAGAGCUUCAAGCCAGAAAGGUUUGAAGGUGUGCAAGUGGAAUCAUGGAAGCUAUUGCCAUUUGGAAUGGGAAGGAGAGCGUGUCCAGGUUCUGGACUUGCUCAACGUGUGGUUGGUUUAGCUUUAGCAUCUCUAGUGCAGUGUUUUGAGUGGAAAAGGGUAAGUGAAGAGGUGGUUGAUUUGACUGAAGGAAAAGGUCUCACCAUGCCAAAAGCUGAGCCACUCAUGGCUAGGUGCGAAGCUCGUGAUAUUCUUCACAAAGUUGUUUCAGAAAUAUCCUAACGUUUCAGAGUGUUUCUUGCAUUUUUUUAGUGCUCCAUACCUCUAGUUUUUAGGUUAGAAAGGUUUGAGUAAUAAAGCACCAUGUGUCUUCAUUCUCUCAUAUAAUAUGUGCUAUGUAAGUUUCUGAUUUGUUACUUAGAUACUUUGGAUUAAAUAUAUGAGGUGCUACUUCUUUUUAA